UCAAAACAAUUCAGUCAGACGCUAAUUGACGUUUGUGUACUAAAAUUGUAUUGUUCCUUUUUUCUCAUUCGUAAACAUGUUCUCAAACCGGCAAAUCGUUAAAAAAAAUAGGCUGAAUUCCCAGUGUUAUUGAAUGCCUCACGAGUCCCCAGUUUGUAUUCCGCCAUUGCAGUCAGUUUCAUUGAUCGGAGCAGUCUGAAAACAACUCAACGACAAACUUUUCUUUUAAAGAAAAUAUCUAAGUGUUUAAUUGUACAUCUGCACAUUUGAUAAAAGAGCCGUAUGGCUUCGUUCCUUUGUACGUCACGCUCCCGGCGUGUCACCUUGAUUUCAGAAGUGACCGCUGUAGCGUUAGUGUGAGUGGAACGUCAACAACACUACUCUUGUUCUUUUUUAUUUUUUUUUAAAACGACAAAUAUGUCUACAACUUUAAUGUCGUCCUUAUUUGUCUGUUGAAGUGGCGUUUUGAAAUGAGUGUAGUGGUGCGGAACCUCCAAAAGGUGGUGCCUCUCCGCCGUGCCAGGCUGCGAAAGGACGCCGACACGAUAAGACACAUCCUCGGCAUCCGGAACUUCGACCUGGGCAUCGUUUGUGUCGACGACCGCAGGAUCCAGCAGAUAAACCACACGUACCGGAGGAAGGACCGACCCACGGACGUCCUCUCUUUCCCAUUUCAUGAGGGAUUAAGACCUGGAAAGAUGCCAUGCACCCUUCACAGAGAUGAACUGAACCUAGGGGAUAUUUUCCUGGGUGUGGAGUUUAUUAUGAGACAGUGUCAGGAAGACUCCUUAGAUCUUCACGGAACACUAACUGUUAUGAUUGCCCAUGGUAUCUGCCACCUUCUUGGUUACCGACAUGAGACCGAGGAGGACUGGAGUGAGAUGCUGCAGAAAGAAAUCUACAUCCUUGGCGAGUACAACAGACUGACAGGGCAACAUUUGCUGCCGCUGAUGAAGAGAUGCCACGAGGAUAGAUGAUACGGAUACUUUUGAGUUGAAACACAAGCAAGUCUCAAAAAUCUCAUUUUGUGCAUUUGUAUAAAUAAGACUGGCAGCAGAGAUAAAGUGGAUUUCUUUCCGAACACAAAAUAAACAUAAUAUUAAGGAUUUAAAA